AACCUCGUUUGAAAAUCGACCAGAUAGAGAUGGCGAACAAUCUGUCGGCGAAAGCACAAAAACUUCAACCGGAGGAUAUUGCCAGGUACCAUGAAAAGAUACGGGUCAUAGAUGGAAUUGACCCGUAUAACAUGGAGUUUGAUUCUGGCAACCUACCGCUAACAGUGGAUUAUGACAAGAUAUUCACACACUUGAUAACCAAAAACUCCUUUCGGACCGGACAGCCGCACCACAACAUGAAGUCCUUGGAAGCGUACAAAGCCUUCCAGACGGGUUUUGUUAAGGAAGUGAAAGGUUGUCAGCAAAAGGAUUUGUACGUUGUUUUUGGAAAGGUACUUCACAGUAUGAGCGUGAACGAACCACCAGCAGAAUGUUGGCUUCUGGUUCAAGACGAGGAUACUGAUGAGCAUGAAACUGGAACGAUCAUUUCUGCACACUGCGAUUGCCCAACGGUACGGACGAGGACGAAGAACUUGUCCGAAAUAGGCAGAAAAUAGAAAAUCUGUCGAUGCUUGCCCUGUACGACGAUUGCUUUGAGCAUCUACCCAUAGAAGAACUUCGAGCGGCGGUUAAAUUUAUG